AUGACACAGCCUCUUCAUGUUCUUGUUACAGGUGCCGCUGGCCAGAUAGGUUACGUCCUUGCUUUCCGUAUUGCUAAUGGCGAUCUCUUUGGAGAGAGAGAUGUUGUUCUUCAUCUUCUUGAAAUCAGCCCAGCAAUGAAAGCUCUUGAAGCAGUUGUUAUGGAGCUUCAUGAUUGCACAUUCCCACAUCUUCUUCAUGUAAUUGGAACAAGCGACCUUGAAGAAGCUUUCAGAGAUGUUGAUGUUGCUUUCCUUGUCGGUUCAUUUCCGAAGAAACCAUCUACAAAGCUUGUUGAUUAUUUCCAGAGAAAUGCAUCGAUUUAUUCAGAACACGGUAGAGCUCUUUCUGAUUUUGCAAAGCCAACUGUCAAAGUUUUAGUCAUUGGUAUGCCAACAAAUACAAACGCACUUGUUGCUAUGACAGCAGCAGUCAAUCUUAGCCCAAAGAACUUUUGCGCUAUGACCAGAUUGGAUCAUAACAGAGCAGUCUAUUCAAUUGCUCAAAAAUUAGGUGUCCAUCAUAGCAAAGUUUACAAGGUCGUCAUCUGGGGUAACAGAUCUUCAAGCCAAAUCCCAGAUGUCUCAAAUGCAGAAUACCAAGACGAAACAGGCAGACAUCAUAUCCUCGAGAAGGUCUCCGAAGAAUACGUAAAUACAGAAUUUAGCUCCGAUCUCGCCCAACGUGGAAAUAAGGUUACAAUGAUGCGUGGAGCUUCAAGCGCCGCAUCAGCUGCAACGGCAGCAAUUCAAUGUAUGCGCGACUGGUUAUACGGAACUCCAGCGGACAACUUCGUUUCGAUGUCAGUCCCUGUUCCAGAAUCAUCUCCUUAUGGUGUCAAGCCAGGAAUCUUCUUCUCCUUCCCAUGCACUGUCGACAAGGAAGGAAACAUACACGUCGUCGAAGGACUCCCAGUUGAUGAGGCUACAGCUAAGAAGAUCAAACAACAGGAAGAAGAAAUCCUUAACGAGCUUAAGAUCCUCGCUACACCUGAGGAAUGA